UGCAGCGAAAAUGACACCGUGAAGCUGUCAGAACCGCUCGAGCAGGGCAGAUUUAAAUAAAAUGUAAGAUAAUGUCGGCCCUCGUUUCGCUCCUCGUGCACAGUUUGUCCCGGCGGCUCCUGAGGAGAGCUGCCCCCGAUGUCGCUGCUGGACCCACAUGGUGUCCGAGAGUCGGUAAAAAGGACCUGACAGACCUUCCAGAACUGAGUGAGGACGAGCUGGAAGAACAGUUUGUGAGAGGAUCUGGACCCGGAGGACAAGCCACCAACAAAACCAGCAACUGUGUGGUGCUCAAGCACAUCCCCACCGGAAUAGUAGUGAAGUGCCAUCAGACCAGAUCUGUGGAUGUAAAUCGGAAGCGCGCCCGGGACAUCAUGAGGGAGAAACUUGAUGUUGCAUACAAAGGAGAACUCAGUGAGGUCAUCAUGAAGAAGAAGGAGUCAGUGCAGAAGAAAGAAGCAAAGAGAAGGAAGGUGAACGAGAAUCUGGAGAGAAAGAGACAGUUUAAAGAAGCAUUGGCGGGAGACUCCAAGCUCGGAAAUGAUGCUGUUUGAAAAUGUAUGUGAGGAAAAUGAAAUCACAUAAACAAUGAAAUGAAAAAAAUGUUUUUAUUUUUUUUGUUUUUUGUUUUGGAACAGUAGACUUCCUGCUAGUUGGUACAUUAUCACCAACUUCAUGGCAAUACCAGGGACUGUACAAUUUCCAGCCAGUUUGUCUGUUUGUGUAGCAUCAUUUGCUGCAAAGUUAGUGUGUUGUUGUUUAUAGACAACAGGUAAAAUGUUCAAAAAAGGAAUAAAAUAAAAUAUAAAUAUACUUGUGGUUCCUCUCAUGCUUUAAACAUUGAGUACAUGCUUUUGAUAUCUUUACCUGUAGCUGCAUGUGUAAUUUGAGCAACAAGCGUUUUUUUUUUUUAAAUAUGCAGUCACAUUUGCUUCUCACUUUUUGAUUCUCCCAGAUGUUGAUGUUUGACGUAAUUUACAAUAUCCUACUAGAGUACCAGAAAUAAAACAAAUACAAGCUCCCUUUAUUCAAGUGUCAGCAUGGACAGUUUUGCCUCCAUCACUUUAACAUGACCUCUGCGUCACUUUAUAGAUUAGAGUCAGUAAAAGUCUUCUCAAUCUUUAGAACAUUAAAGAGUCAACCUGGGUUGCUCUGUAAGCUGUAUCUAAUUAUCCUAGCUUGGUAUUCGCUCUCACUAAUCAAGAAAAUAUUAAGUUUCUUUUUAAUAAGCAUAAUCCCAUCACUGUGCUCUGAGGUGGUCAUUAGUGGUGAUAAGCCUGGUUCACUUUGUGAUGACUAAUAGUUCUGAGUCACUCAGUCAACUGAUCCAAGUCUCUCGAGUCACUGUUAUUUCCCCCAAAUGUAUGCAUAUGAUAGAGCUUUACUAGUUAAUGAUAACAUGAAAUGAUAAUAAUGGGGAUGGUAACCAUCAUAUCCUGUACCACAUAAUGAACACUGGUGUUUUUAUCUACUCAUUUAAUGAAAUAUGACCUGGAUUCACGUACUGAAUAAGUGCAGUAAGUCUGUUGUCUUUCCAUGAGUCUGCUUGACAGAAGACUUAAGAUCCAGAUUAAUGGAGAACCCAGACUCAUUAUUCCCCAAGAACCAUUAACGAAGAACAAAUAAUGAUUGUGAUUCCGGAACUGACCAGCCCUUGUGGACAUAUCAGUCAUAUCUCAAGUUACCGUACUUUAAUUGAGUUGAAAGAUGAUUCUUAUGAUAAGUCAAUUUUCUUCAAUCCUUGUCUUUGUCUGGUUAGACUCACUUAUGAGAAUUGAAACAAUUUUCCAAAUAAAAUUUGAUUUAGGUUAUUGAUUUUCAUCUUGUUUGUUGCAACUGCCUUGAUACACACUGU